UUUCUUUCUUAACCUUUGUUCAAUCCAUCGCCACAGAAAUAGGUUUAUCAGAGAUCGUCUUCUUCGUUUAGAAUCUAUGAAUCUCUGGCGAUGUUCAGAGACUGGUACUCAUUAAUCAACUAUCUAUUGGCUUUUGAAAGUCAACAAAAGGGGCGAACAGACGUCAGAGGGGAAGAAUUAUGCAGCAAGCCUGCUGGAUUCUUCUAGAACUACGCACCUUCCCUUUAGACAAUCGUUCUUGUUCCUCGAUUAUCCCAAAUCGCCGUCGCUAUCCCUGGCAAUGUGGUGUGGUGCAAAACCGUCAUCGCCUCCUCUGUUGUUCGUCCAGCCUCCGUCAGAAUCACUAUUCUGUUCUUGGAAUCCCACUUAAUGCUUCUUCAACUGAUAUUAAGAAGGCAUAUCGACAUCUUGCUCUUAAGUUUCAUCCCGAUGUUAGCAAGGAGUCGCAAGCUGGUGAAACUUUCAAAAGUAUCCGCCUUGCAUAUGAUACACUGUCCAAUGAGAUGUCGAGGAAACAGUACGACAAAGACCUCAUUUUUCACGAGAACAACAACGAAGUUCGUAGAAGAAGUAGGGAAAGGAUAUACGAAUACGAAGAUGGAAACAGGAUGUAUAAAUGGUCUGAUCUUCGAGAAAGAAUGCAAGAUAGCCAUUACAAGCAACGGUAUAAAAAGGAGAUGCAUUCCUUUUAUUACGAGGAAUCCGAAGAACAUCAGCAGAACACAAACAACAAGACAAAAAGCCCUUUUAUCGAUGUUUUAAGGUGCGCUUUACUAUCGCUCUUUCUAAUGAAAACCGUCGGUUGUCGAAUGUCUAUCACUUGUAGCAGCUUAAUGGCGUUUCUGGAUGUGAAUCUGGAUGCUGGUUAUAAAGUCGGUUAUUUGAUCGCAUGGGUAUUGGGCGGAAGAGUUGGAGUUUUGUUAACGUUAUGUUUCGCUUUCGCGAGCUUCUUUUGCGGAAAAAAUAGUAGCAGUUCGGUUUGUUUGGUGGUUGUUGCGGUUUGGGUUAGCUCGCAUAUGUUGAGAUACUUUCCAAUGCCACAAGGUGCAAUUCUUACCCUUUUGUAUAUGUCUAUUAAGCUACAAACAGAACUUAGAUAAUUAAGGGGGAAGGGGGAAAUGAUGCCAAAUUGUUGUUCAUUUUGUUAUGAAUAGAAGAAUCUUUUCGAAUGAAUAUCCACAAAAAAUACAAUUUAUCGUCUCAAAUUGGAAUGUUGAAA